CAGAUGUUACGUCAUUUCCGUAGCGGUUGUCGUUUCGGCGCACAGGAUAGAGUCCACAGCUUGAGAAGAAAGUGCGUCGCUGAGCUGAAAUCAUGGCCAACCAGUCGAUGGACAUCUUGGCCAAAGUGCUGGAGCAGUCCGCCAAGAUCAUGGAGGAGCAGGUGGACGCUCAGUUGAGCAAGCUGAAUGAAAUGGACGAUGAUGAUCUGGAGCGGCUGAAAGAGAAGCGACUGGAGGCCUUGAAGAAGUCACAGAAACAAAAGCAGGAAUGGCUCUCCAAGGGCCACGGAGAGUAUCGAGAGAUUGCCAGUGAGAAAGAUUUCUUCGGUGAGGUGAAGGAAAGCAAAAAUGUGGUCUGCCAUUUCUACAAAAGUUCCACCUUCAGGUGCAAGAUUCUGGACAAGCACCUGGCCAUCUUGGCAAAGAAGCACGUGGAGACAAAAUUCAUCAAGCUCAACGUAGAGAAGGCGCCGUUUCUGACGGAGCGACUGCGGAUCAAGUUCAUCCCCACGCUGGCUCUGCUGAUCGACGGCAAGACGAAGGAUUACGUGGUGGGCUUCACGGACCUGGGGAACACGGACGAGUUCUCCACAGAGACGCUGGAGUGGAGGCUCGGCACCGCAGACGUCAUCAACUACAGCGGCAACCUGAUGGAGCCCCCGAGCACGGCGCAGAAAUCCAGCUCCAAGUUCACCAAGGUGGAGAAGAAAACCAUCAGAGGGCGUGGCUACGACACAGACUCUGACGACGACGACGACUAACGACCCACGCUAUGGACUGGUUCUUCUCUCUGGACUUCCUCUUUUAGCAGGCAGCACCCUCUAUCUUCUCACCUCAGUGACUUCUAGUUUUCCAUAUUACUUCUGUUUGAUUCAGGACUUUAUAUUUACGGAUAAAUUAUGUUGCAUAAAUGGUGCUGAUGGACGCUGCAGCAGUGUCUUGUCCUCAGUUGGAUUUAUGUCAAAAGUUAUUUGUACUUCUUGAGCUGGACAAUGUUGAUGUCAAACUGUUCUGUGCCAAGAUUCCUCCUUCAGUCAUUUCACUUCGACCUCGAAAUAAAUGAGAACAAUUUCA